AUGUCUAACAAACCUAUCUGUCACUCUUCACGUGUAUGGCAUGUUUAUUCUCAUUCUUUCAGGAUCACUUUAAUAUCUAUCUAUCUAUCUAUCUAUCUAUCUAUCUAUCUGCCAUGGUUACAUAGACUGCAUAUUUCUUCACGGCGCCCACCACGCUUUUUACCUCCUAUCUUGACUUCUGGCGUGAAAGGAAUGGAAGUCCGAGUGCCGGAAGGUGCCGGAAGGUGCCGAAGGACUCUUAUCAGUGGUGUCCGUUUUACAUAUACAAUUUUUCUUUCUAUCUGUAUUAUUCUUUUGUCUAUCUAUCUAUCUAUCUAUAACUCUAUCUAUCUAUCUAUCUAUCUAUUCUCCAUUAUUAUUAAUAUCUAUUUAUCUAUCUAUCUAUCAUCUAUCUAUCUAGAUUUUCUUUAUCAUCGUUCAUCUAUCUAUCUAUCUAUCUAUCUAUCUAUCUAUCUAUCUAACAAAUCUAUUCUCAUCUAUCUAUCUCAGUUAUCUAUCUAUUCUAUCUAUCUAUCUAUCUAUCUAUCUAUCUAUCUAUCUAUCUAUCUUUUUUUUUCAUCAAUCUAUUCUAUCUAUCUAUCUAUGAAAUCUAUUUAUCUAUCUAUUUUAAACUUUUCUCAUCUAUUAAUCUUUUCUCGUCUAUCUAUCUAUCUAUCUAUCUAUCUAUCUAUCUAUCUUAGAAAAAGGAAUCUCAUCUAUGUAUCUAUCUAUCUAUCUAUCCCAGUCUUUUCAAUCUAUCUAUCUAUUUGUCUAUCGAUCUAUCUCAAUUUCUUCUUCAUCUAUCUAUUAUUCUCUAUCUAUCUAUUUUAUCUAUCUAUCUUAUCUAUCUAUCUAUUAUCUAUCUCAAUCAAUUUUUCUCAUCUAUCUAUCUAUUUAUUAUCUAUCUUCAUAAAUUUUCAUCUAUCUAUCUAUCUAUUUAUAUUUAUUUUAUCUAUCUAUCUAUCUAUCUAUCUAUCUAUCUAUCCUUCCUUCCUUUUUAGGCUAAACUUUUUUUUUUUUUCCCGACCUUUUUUAUUGCCAUUCAAGUCAUCUAUUUCUUUUCAUGAAUUAUCGAUUGUUUAUAUAAUUUGUUGUCUUACAUGA